AAAAUCCAAAACUUCCUGAAACAAAAUGUCAAACGAGAUUCGAGAACUAAGAUAGUCAUCAGUCAGCAAACCAUGCCGCUGUCACCAAGGAAGAUGACCCGCCAACUGAACCCAAGCGGGGCCGAAUUCAUCAACAAUAUGACAGACAAUACAUUGCCGCUGAUGGAAAUGUCUUUAAAGGCCAGAAAUCAUUUUGAGAAAAUUGUGCAAGGCCUAGAUGACUUGCGACAGAAGUCUUUACUUUGUGACUAUACUCUGAAAGCAGACGAGGAAAGUUUUGCAGUGCACAAAGUGGUUAUGGUGGCGUGCAGUGAUUAUUUUCAAGCAAUGUUGACCAGUAACAUGAAAGAAUGCCAUGAAGAUAUAGUGGAAUUGAAAGGAAUUUCAGCGAAUGGGUUGAAGAUCAUUGUUGACUUUGCAUACACAGGAGAACUCAAAUUAAACACACAGAAUGUUGAAGAUGUCCUGUCAGCUGCCACUCAUCUACAGGUCAGUGAUGCGAUGGAUUUAUGCAGCAAAUAUCUGGAAGCCUCAAUCUCUGUGCGAAACUGUGUCGACAUUCUAAACAUUGCAGAACUUUAUUCCCUCGUGUCUUUGUGUCAGGCGUCCAGACAAUUCAUGCUCCACAACUUUGAGGAACUAGCUGAAUCAGAACAGUAUUCAAUGAUGAAUAAUGUGCAGUUAGCACAACUUCUGGCAGAAAACAGUCUCCGGGUCUCUUCUGAGUUUUUGCUGUUUAAUCUCGUUCUAAAGUGGAUUCGCUACGACCCAGGAGAACGAGAACAAUUUGUGUCGGUGCUGAUAGAAAACAUCAAGCUUCCCCUGAUGUCGGGCGGAGAACUUGUGGAGAAGGUCAGUAAAGUUCCCAUCAUGAAGCAGAACCCCGACUGCAGCAAACUGCUCACAGAAGCCAAGGACUACCACAUUGUUGUCAGCAAGCAACCACUUCUUCAGAACAAGAGAACGGAGGUUCGCUCGGAUACAAAAGUUCUUGUCAUGUGUCAUGCUUCCAAUCUGGAGACCUUUAAUUUUGGAAGUAACAAGCGGGGCUACCUAAGGGAGGCUAUUGUUCCAUUGUACAAUCCUUCAGUUGCUGUGGUGGAUAAUUUUCUGUACACGUGUGGAGGAAAAUAUGAAGGUGCUGGAAGCAGCACAGACAUCGCAACAGCACGAUGCUUCAGAUACGACCCUAGAUUUGACACUUGGUUUGAGUUGGCCUCUAUGAAUGAACCUAGAAAAGACUUUGUAAUGCUGGCAUUGGACUCGAAACUCUAUGCAAUUGCAGGGCAGGAUGAAAACAAAGUGAUGCACACGGUAGAAUGCUAUGAUAUCACGACCAACGAAUGGGAGAUGAAACAGCCUCUGAGUCGGCAUGUUUAUGGCCAUGCUGGUUGUGUGUGCAGUGACAAAAUCUACGUAUCAGGAGGGCAGGUGUUUGUUGGAACUUGGAAAAAACUCUUUGCAUACAGUCCAAGUGAAGACACUUGGGAAGAGCGAGCUUCAAUGCUUCAAAACCGGCUCAAUCAUGUCAUGAUGGAAGUUAAAGAAAAGAUUUAUGUUAUUGGGGGAAACAUUGAGGAUGUGUAUGGGUUUCCGAUCCCGAUUGCAGAAAUAGAAAGAUACUGCCCGUCAGCCAAUCAAUGGACAGUCUGCAAAGCAAAAUUCAACAUUCGGGAAGCGGGCUCAUGUGUCUUGAACAAUACAAUUUUGAUUGUUGGAGGAAUAGGUGGAGAGCAUUAUGUGUCCGAGUAUGUGCAGAAGUAUGACCCAGAAAAAGACAAAGUGGAAAUAGUUGAACAUUUUGCCACCAGAAUCAAUGGAAAGGCUUGUGCAAUAUUAACUCUUCCUCAUUAUAUUUAGUACAUGUGACAGCAUUGCCUCAAGCCACACAUAUUGUCUCCAUUUACCCGUGACGAUGACGUAGCAGAAGAAAUUGCAAUGCCUUUCCCUAAAACACCCAAAAAAAUUCGGAACUGUAGACUAAAAGCUCAUUCGUUUUGCUACAAAUAAAUUCAUUUAAUUGUUAAAAUUUGACUGUGUCACAAAUGGUGUAGCAAUACAGAUUAUUUAUUGUAGCUGUAUUGACAUUUGUGUGUGGGUAUAUUACUGCGUAUUUUAAAAUUUGAAAGUGUUAUGCUAUUCAAGAGUCUGCCACCAUAUGCAUUUUAUUUGUGGUAAGCUACUUGGCUGGGUUUUCUUUCUGAGAGUUUAAUAGUGUGUUAAUCAAAUUAUGAGGGCGGUGUCUCACGGUGAGAUGUUGUGUUGUUUAUUAAGUGAUAUACCAUGUUCAUGUCUAUUUUUCUUUACUUUAUUUAAUUCUUCUCUUUGAUAUACAUGUAUAUAUAUAUCAUGUUAAAAUGGCAUAUCAGAUUACAGUAUUAAUGAAUUUUAAGGGAAAAUUUACUAUAAAGCUUUUAUUUUCAUAAAUAUAGGAUAUUUUUCAAAUUAGUACCUGUAUUGUUUUUUGAGGACUUUGAUAUUGGAUAUCAGAUUCUGCUUUUUAAAUUCCAAUUUUGAUGUGUUUUAAAAAAAUCAUCUUGUACUUAAUGAUAAUGUACCAAUGGAUAGUUUCAGUUUGCAUUUAUGAUAAGAUGCCCUCCAUUCUGCUCAUGUAAUAUGAUAAUUCAGCCCCAGUUUUGCAUUUUGUAACCAAGGCUAAUGUAUUGAUGAGUCCAUUACUAGAUUCUGUUCCGUGAUUGUCGUAGCCUUUAGGGACAUGUUUGUACAUUUCAUUACCGUCUUUUUACCACACCCACUAGGAUAACGGGCAGCAUUGCUGUUGAUGUUUAAGAAUAAACAAAUUUUAAAAGUG